CUGCAACCUGGAAACGCAGUAGCUGUUCAAAUGAAACUUUAUGCACAAGAAGGCUACAUGCAAAAUGCACGUUUCACACCGAGUUAGAUGUGACUCAAUGUAGAUACUGUAGUUAUUUUUAACAUGACAAGAAUUGGAACAUCUUCUUGUUUGAGAAGCCUGAUUUGGUGAGUUAUUUUCUUUAAGCUAGCUAGCUAUAUCUCUCAUUGAUUUGAAGCUAGCUAGUUACCUUGCAAGUGCUAGUGCACGAGCCUUUCUUCAUGGACGCUUUGAUGUGGCAUACAUCCCUCUCGUGCUUUAUUGUGACCAUCAUGAACGGCUACAUUCUAGUGACCAAUGACCAUAAUGUCCGGAACGUUUAUUGUAAUCUAGCUAGCUACUUAGCUAUUGCAAGCUAUUGCAUGCGUUGCCAUUCAACCAAGGUCAAUCUUCCUGAUACAAGAAAUUAAUGCAUAUAGCUAAAACGUUAGUAAUGUACAGUCCAUUGGCAAAAUGCAUUUCUAUGUGUUAAGGUUUUAACAUUGGAUCCUCUUGAAUAGAAUACACCCCAUAGAUAUGUUGUUUCCAUGAUUAUUCAACAUUGAUAAUUUAUUGAUUUAGCUAGUUAAUACAGUAUGCUUAUGUUUUCUCUUCUCUUUGGAUUCCUGUGUGUAGUCCAAUCCAUAUACGCAGAUAACAUGUUCAGGACACUGUUGUGCCGACUGAGGAUCCAGAAGCCUUUGGGGAGUAGGACAUGUGCCUAUAGGUUCACUUCUGUCAAUCCGUCGGACCCUAUCCAGCCGCAUGUGAGUCCACCUAGAACUCGACUAGCUCCCUGGACCACCUCAGACUCUGUUCAUAAUUUGACCUGUCACUCAAACACACACGUCCAACAGCAUGGCUGGACUGUCAGACGAGACGGGGAGCGAGAUGUUUUGUAUGCGUCACAACAUUUUAACAUCGGUGUUCUGUCAGUAUCAGCUGUCGCUGGUCAGCCCACCUCCACCAGACAUUGGGGUGUCAGUAUACAGAGAAGGCUCUAUUCAACGGCUCCUAUUAAAUCAGUGAUGAAUCCAGUGACCGUGCUUGGAAGUGGGAAGAAACUUCCUAAAGGCCCCAGGACCAAACAACCAUCCAGAACCAAUCAGCCGACCCCAAAGGAGGACAAGGUGAAGCCGUCGAUCAAUCAGAUUAAAGGACUGGGAGAUGCUUAAUAAAUGAACAAAUGAAUGAAUGGUGGGCUAAAUGGACAGAUUAAUGAAUUAAUGAAUGGAAUAGGUUUUAUUGAUGAAUAGAGAGGAAAUUGGAUGUGGUACAUACAGGAACAAUACAGACACACACAUCAGAGCAUAGAGACUUAAGCCCUAUCUUAACAUCUGAUAUGACCCAAUUGUGAUUCUUGAUCAUGUGGGGUUAAUAUGUCAUUAACAAUGUUUUUGCAUCAAUGUUCUAUCUGUCCCCAUAGGAUAUGAUGCAGUGCAUUGCCUUUGCAACAGCGGACCAGUACCAUUUGCCAACACUCUGCCAUGACCUCAUAGCCCAAGGCUUCUACGAAGUAGAUUUACCAAGAGGUAGGCCAACACCUUUUUACUUUACGUCAUGGAUACUGUAGGCUAAUUGCUUACUCUUUUCACGGCUGUGCAAUGUAACAAAAUACACAUUUUGAUUAUAAUAUAUUUUGAUUUCAGAUGCCUCAAAUGCACUCGUAAUAUGCACUGACAACGCCCAAAAACCCAGUGACAAUGCAACAAUGUUCUUCUUCAGGUAUGUCCUCUUUUUUUUCUAUAUGUUAUUGGUUAUGUCUCUUACACAGCUUAUUGUUUUGUUUUGAAUAUGAAUUAAGCCUUUUUUUCCCUUCUAGGGAGGGAUCAGUGGUCUUUUGGAAUGUUGAAGAGAAAACUGUAAGAAGGAUUCUGAUCCUAUUGCACAUACGAAGUCACAAUAGUGUAGUAGUUCUAGUUCUGAUAAUAACAAAAAUAUAAUGUUACACUCACUUAAAAAUCACUGUUAGGUGAAUGUUCGGUUCCCUUGAACCAGGUAGUCUAAGCAGGUAAUUUGUAGAGGGAGCUGCAGAUAUUGUCAGUUACAGAUCAAUAAUGCAAUUUCUUGCUAUUAAACUGCUUUGUUUUUCAGAUGAAGAAAGUGAUGAGGAUCUUGGAGCGGCAUGAGAUUCAUCCUUACGAGGUAGCUCUGGUCCACUGGGAAAAUGAAGAGAUCAACUACACUAUAGGAGAGUACGUCACCUGAUAUGGUUGGUCGUUACAGAUCGAUGAUUGCAAUUUCAAUAUUGUAGAUUGCUGAAAAAAAGAAUGAUUUAAUAUGAUAUAUCUUUAACAUUUAUCAUUAUUGAGUUGUCAUUUGGAUGAUAAUAACAAUUUUAUUUUACUCCUGGGAUUGGGAACAAUUUGUUGUAUAUCAUUGUCUUUAGUGACCAGUGUCUUUUGUUUACCCAGGGGAAACUCAAAGCUACAACGCGGUAACUUCCUGCUGAACAAUGAAAUACAUCCUGACGAGGCCGUGCUGGAUAAAUUUGCAUUCUCAAAUGCCCUUUCUUUGUCAGGUUAGCUGUUCGUUGUUAAUGUAUGAAACAUAGCAUUACUGUUAAAAGGUCCAGGUGUAUAUACAGUACUAUGGUGAUUUAUCCUCACAGUCCGUAUACUGCCCUCCCGUCUGUCUGGGUUUUGUUGCAGUGAAACUGGCCAUAUGGGAGGUGGCUUUGGAUCACUUUGUGGAGUCGAUUCAGUCAAUUCCAGAGGUAGGAUACCAAUAAUCUCUGUACAGUUUGGAUCUCCACACUCAUGAGUAGAUAAUCACAUAAUCAUCAUUACAAAUUGUUUGUCCCUGUAAAAAUCAUUUGACAGAGGUUCCUCCCAACUGACUAUAUUAUCUGCACUUCCCAAUCAGAUGCUGAAAUCUGGGAAGAAAAUAAAGCUGUCCAGAGCAGAGGUUAUGCAGAAGAUCGGAGAACUCUUUUCUCUGAGGUAAAGUUAAUUUAAAGCUGUUACUCUUGUUUAGGGCUGUCCCUGACUAAAACAAAUCUUGGUCGACCAAUAGUAAUCUGUUCUUUCGACUAAUAGAUUGGUUGAAAUGUUUAAGCGUGUAUUUUUCAGUAUAUAGACACACCCCAUGUGUUUUAAUAAAAUCAACUAUAUAUAUGCAUUGAGCUUGUCUGAUGCUUUAAGCUAACUGUUUGAUGAAAUAAGACACAAAUGACUCGGGAGCCAGAGAUGAAGAUGACAAGAACUACUUUGAAGAAUAUAAAAUAUAUUUUGAUUUGUUUAACACAUUUCUGGUUACUACAUGAUUCCAUAUGUGUUAUUUCAUAGUUUUGAUGUCUCCACUAUAAUUCUACAAUGUAGAAAAUAGUAAAAAUAAAGAAAAACCAUUGAAUGAGUAGUUGUGUCCAAACGUUUGACUGGUACUGUAUAUAUGUAUUUGCUACUGCUCGACUAAUAAAAAUCUUGGUCGACCAACAGCCUAUCGACCAGUCGAAUAAUUGGGGUCAGCCCUACUCUUGUUUUAUUACAGUUCAAAUCAAAUCAAAUUGUAUUUGUCACAUGCGCCGAAUACUUACAAGCCCUUAACCAAUAAUGCAGUUUUAAGAAAAAUAAGUGUUAAGUAAACAAUAGAUAAGUAAAAAAAAUAAAAGCAGUAAAAAUAACAGUAGUGAGGCUAUAUACAGGGGGUACCGGUACAGAGUCAAUGUGCGGGGGCACCGGUUAGUCGAGGUAAUUGAGGUAAUAUGUACAUGUAGGUAGAGUUAAAGUGACUAUGGAUAGAUAAUAAACAGAGAGUAGCAGCAGCGUAAAAGAGGGGGUGGGGGGGGACAAUGCAAAUAGUCCGGGUAGCCAUUUUAUUAGCUGUUCAGGAGUCUUAUGGCCUGGGGGUAGAAGCUGUUAAGAAGUCUUUUGGACCUAGACUUGGCGCUCCGGUACCGCUUGUCAUGCGGUAGCAGAGAGAACAGUCUAUGACUUUGGUGGCUGGAGUCUUUGAUAAUUUUUAGCGCCUUCCUCUGACAUCGCCUGGUAUAUAGGUCCUGGAUGGCAGGAAGCUUGGCCCCAGUGAUGUACUGGGCCAUACGCACUACCCUCUGUAGUGCUUUGCGGUCUGAGGCCGAGCAGUUGCCAUAGCAGGCAGUGAUGCAACCAGUCAGGAUGCUCUCGAUGGUGCAGCUGUAGAACUUUUUGAGGAUCUGAGGACCCAUGCCAAAUCUUUUCAGUCUCCUUAGGGGGAAUAGGCUUUGACAUGCCCUCUUCACGACUGUCUUGGUGUGUUUGGUCCAUGUUAGUUUGUUGGUGAUGUGGACACCAAGGAAGUUGAAGCUCUCAACCUGUUCCACUACAGCCCCGUCGAUGAGAAUGGGGGUGUGCUCUGUCCUUCUUUUCCUGUAGUCCACAAUCAUCUCCUUUGUCUUGAUCACAUUGAGGAAGAGGUUGUUGUCCUGGCACCACACGGCCAGGUCUCUGACCUCCUCCCUAUAGGCUGUCUCAUCGUUGACGGUGAUGACGGUAGUUAUUUAGGCAGGUUACCUUAGUGUUCUUGGGCACAAGGACUAUGGUAGUCUGCUUGAAACAUGUUGGUAUUUCAGACUUGGUCAGGGACAGGUUGAAAAUGGCAGUGAAGACACUUGCCAGUUGGUCAGCGCAUGCUCGAAGUACCCGUCCUGGUAAUCCGUCUGAAUGUUGACCUGUUUAAAGGUCUUACUCACAUCGACUACGGAACAGCUGAUGCUCUCAUGCAUGCUUCAGUGUUGCUUGCCUCGACGUGAGCGUAGAAGUAAUUUAGCUUGUCUGGUAGGCUCGUGUCACUGGGAAGCUUGCGGCUGUGCUUCCCUUUGUAGUCUGUAAUAGUUUGCAAGCCCUGCCACAUCCGACGAGCGUCAGAGCCCGUGUAGUACGAUUCAAUCUUAGUCAUGUAUUGACGCUUUGCCUGUUUUAAUGGUUCGUCGGAGGGCAUAGCAGGAUUUCUUAUAAGCGUCCGGGUUAGAGUCCCGCUCCUUAAAAGCGGCAGCUCUACCCUUUAGCUCAGUGCGGAUGUUGUCUGUAAUCCAUGGCUUCUGGUUGGGGUAUGUACGUACGGUCACUGUGGGGACAACGUCAUCAAUGCACUUAUUGAUGAAGCCAGUGACUGAUGUGGUGUACUCCUCAAUGCCAUCAGAAGAAUCCCGGAACAUAUUCCAGUCUGUGCUUGCAAAAUAGUCCUGUUGCUUAGAAUCUGCGUCAUCUGACCACUUCUUUAUUGAUCGAGUCACUGGUGCUUCCUGCUUUAGUUUUUGCUUGUAAGCAGGAAUCAGACUUUCCAAAUGGAGGGCGUGGGAGAGCUUUGUACGCGUCUCUGUGUGUGGAGUAUAGGUGGUCUAGAGUUUUUUUCUCUCUGGUUGCACAUUUAACAUGCUGGUAGAAAUUAGGUAAAACAAAUGUAAGUUUCCGGCCACUAAGAGUGCCGCCUCUGGAUGAGCGUUUUCCUGUUUGCUUAUGGCAUUAUACAGCUCAUUGAGUGUGGUCUUAGUGCCAGCAUCGGUUUGUGAUGGUAAAUAGACAGCUACGAAAAAUAUAGAUAAACUCUUGGUAAAUAGUGUGGUCUACAGCUUAUCAUGAGAUACUCUACCUCAGGCGAGCAAAACCUUGAGAUUUCCUUAAUAUUAGAUUUCGUGCCCCAGCUGUUGUUUACAAAUAUACACAGACCGCCACCCCUUGUCUUACCGGAGGCCGUUGUUCUAUCUUGCCGAUGUAGCGUAUAGCCCGCUAGCUGUAUGUUAUCCAUGUCGUCGUUCAGCCACGACUCGGUGAAACAUAAGAUAUUACAGUGUUUAAUGUCCCGUUGGUAGGAUAUUUGUGAUCGUAGCUAGUCACUUUUGUUAUCCAAUGAUUGUAUGUUGGCUAAUAGGAUUGAUGGAAGAGGCAGAUUACCCACUUACCGUCGGAUCCUUACAAGGCACCCCGACCUACGUCCCCGAUAUCUCCGUCUUUUUCUCCUGCGAAUUACGGGGAUUUUGGCUUUGUCGGGUGUCUGAAGUAAAUCCUUCGCGUCCAAUUCAUUCAAGAAAAAAUCUUUGUCGAGGUGAGUAAUUGCUGUCCUCAUAUCCAGAAGCUCUUUUCGGUCAUAAGAGACGGUGGCAGAAACAUUAUGUACAAAAUAAGUUACAAAUAACGCGAAAAAACACACAUAAUAGCACCAUUGGUUAGGAGCCCAUAAAACAGCAGCCAUCUCCUCCGCCGCCAUUAUUAGUUUGAGCGAACUGAAAUAAUUUGCAGAACAUAUUAUGUAAAGUGCAUUUGGGAAGUAAGACCCCUUCCCUUUCUCCACAUUUUGUUACGUUACUUAAUCAAUUGUUACCUUAUUCUAAAAUGGAUUAAAUCAAUAAAAAUCCUAAUUAAUCUACACACAAGGAUUUUUAGAAAUGUUUGCAAAUGUUAUUACAAAUAAAAAACAGAAAUACCUUAUUUACGUAAGUAUUCAGACCCUUUGCUAUGAGACUCAAUUGAGCUCAGGUGCAACCUGUUUCCAUUGAUCAUCCUUGAGAUGUUUCUACAACUUGAUUGGAGUCGACCUGUGGUAAAUUCAAUUGAUUGGAUAUGAUUUGGAAAGGCACACACCUGUCUAUAUAAGGUCCCACAGUUGACAGUGCAUGUCAGAGCAAAAACCAAGACAUGAGGUAGAAGGAAUUGUCCAUAGAGCUCCGAGACAGGAUUGUGUCGAGACACAGAUCUGGGGAAGGGUACCAAAAAAUGUCUGCAGCAUUGAAGGUCCCCAAGAACACAGUGGCCUCCAGUUUGGUAACCUGGCAUUAUCCCUACGGUGAAGCAUGGUGGUGGCAGCAUCAUGCUGUGGGGAUGUUUCUCAGCGGCAGGGACUGGGAGACUAGUCAGGAUCGAGGGAAAGAUUAACGGAGCAAAGUACAGAGAGAUCCUUGAUGAAAACCUGCUCCAGAGCGAAUGUUCACCUUCCAACAGGACAACUACCCUAAGCACACAGCCAAGACAACGCAGGACUGACUUCGGAACAAGUCUCUGAAUGUCCUUGAGUGGCCCUGCCAGAGCCCGGACUUGAACCCGAUCUCUGGAGAGACCUGAAAAUAGCUGUGCAGCGACGCUCCCCAGCCGAACCUGACAGAGCUUGAGAGGAUCUGCAGAGAAGAAUGGGAGAAACUCCCCAAAUACAGGUGUACCAAGCUUGUAGCGUCAUACCCAAGAAGACUCUAAGCUGUAAUUGCUUCAACAAAGUACUAAGUAAAGGGUCUGAAUACUUAUGUAAAUGUAAUAUUUCAGUUUUGCAUUUUUUAUGAAUUUGCAAACAUUUCUACAAACCUGUUUUUGCUUUGUCAUUAUGGGGUAUUGUGUGUAGAUUGAUGAGGGGGGAAAACUAUUUAAUACAUUUUUGAAUAAGGCUGUAACGUAACAAAAUGUGGAAAAAGUCAAGGAGUCUGAAUACUUUCCGAAUGCACUGUAUUUUAUUACAUUUUAUGUUGUAAUGUUCUCUGACACUGUGUCAACCUGAGCUCUGACCGGCUGUUUUGUUAUGUUAGAUCUGUAACGUUGUAAUGUUGUUCCAGACACUGCAUCAACCUGAGCUCUGACCUACUGAUCACGCCAGACUUCUACUGGGACAGAGAGAACCUGGAGAUGCUCUAUGACAAGACCUGUCAGUUCCUCAACAUCAACCGCCGGGUCAAGGUAGGAGGCUAAAAUAUAAUAAUAAUAUAUGCCAUUUAUAAUAAAUAAUAAUAAUAAUAUGCCAUUUAACAGACGCUUUUAUCCAAAGCGACUUAGUCAUGCAUGCAUACAUUUUUUGUGUAUGGGUGGUCCCGGGGAUUGAACCCACUACCUUUGCGUUACAAGCGCCGUGCUCUACCAGCUGAGCUACAGAGGACCACCCAUACACAGAUGCUUUUAUCCAAAGUGAUUUACAAUCAUGCGUGCAUACAUUUUAUGUAUGGGUUGUGUCUUCUUCAUCCUUAGUAUGAGUUUUAUGGAACAUAUUUGAUAACAUUUGUUUUCAUAAUAUUUGAUUUGAAAGCAGACGCGGUAUUACGUGUAGGAUGCUGAACUAAAACGUUGAUACGUUGUUUCUUCUGGGAUAUAUUCCACUUAAGCCAUAGGCAGCAAACUGUAAAAAUGCUUGUCAUUAUGCAAGCAAUUAUAGUGGCAUUGAAAUCCAUUUGCAGCGGUGGGGCCUACAGUUGCUGUCGUCAUAUUGUUUUUCAGGUAGUGAAUGAGAAACUGCAGCACUGCACUGAGCUGACAGACCUAAUGAGGAACCACUUGAGUGAGAAGCACAGCUUGAGGCUGGAGUGGAUGAUAGUCAUCCUCAUCACUAUCGAGGUCAGAGAACCUAACAACAACACACACACACACACACACACCACUUCCUCUAACUCUACAAGGCUUAUGUUCUGGUGAUGAUGAUGAUGGUUAUUAUUAUGAUUUAAGAUGAUAAUGUUUCUAGCGUUAUAAUGAACAACAACAAGAACCAAAAUGUAGCCUUGCUUAUCAUUUAGAUUGUUUUAUCUUUUGGUUUGGUUUUGUUUCUUCAGGUGUUGUUUGAACUUGGCAGAGUGAUCUUCUGAAGAGCUUCAUCAGUGACGAUAAAAUACAGAUUAAGGAAAGAAAAAUACUGACAAGAUACCUAUUUUUGUAAGUAUAUUAUGAUCAUAAUUAACAAGACAUUGAAAAGAAGGCUAAGCUUUGACCCCCAAAGAAUGUAUCUUACUGAACAUAAGAAAAUCGCACAACUAUGUUAGACUUACCGUUCGUUAACACUAGCAGCGAUGGAAUGCGAUGAAAUUUGAUUUAUUAGAAUCCCCAUUAGCCAUCGCCAAUGGCUAGUCUUACUGGGGACUGACACAUAACAACAACAAAAAAGACUUUACAAUUUACAUAAAUUGAAAAACAUGAACAUGUAGUGUGUGUGCAUCUAUUAGUUACACAUACAUGUCAGUACAUACACACAACAUGUAGGUCACACGG